AUGGCGAGGUCGGGCGGGCGUGAGGCCACCUCGGCCACCUCGGAGUGCUUCCCGAGCCGCGGCUCCUCCACGCCGAUCGCGGGCGGGCGGGCGGAGCGGACGCCCCGCUACACCCUGGGGCUGCUGCAGACGCCGCGCAGCUCGGGCAGCACCGGCGGCUCCUCAGGCGGCGGGGCGCGGCCCGGCAGCUCCAGCGGGGAAGGCCCCGCUCCCGGGCGCGCCGCCGGGAGCAGCGGGGCGAAGCCGGCAGUUUCCGAUAGAGGAGAAUCAUAUUUUGGGGACAAAAGUUCUUGUGUAGAAAAUGCUAACACACUGAAUCUCACAAGCUCUUCUUCUGUGCGAGGCCUGAAUAGCACAUGUAUAGGAAAAACACCCCUCUCCUCCAGUAGAUCUGUUUGCAGAAGCCAUACCCCUCUUAUGGGAUAUUCUGUUACAUCCUCAUCUGCAGUCUCUGCUCAUAGUGUUGCAUCAGUUAUUGUAGCUGUAGUAGAAGGAAGAGGCCUUGCCAGAGGUGAAGUUGGAAUGGCCAGUAUUGACUUAAAAAAUCCUGAGAUGAUAUUAUCACAAUUUGCAGACAAUACAACUUAUGCCAAGGUUAUUACUAAACUCAAGAUUUUAACACCACUAGAAAUAAUAAUGUCAAACACUGCUUGUGAUGCAGGGAACACAACAAAACUGUUCAGUUUGAUUACAGAGCAUUUCAAGAAUGUGACUUUUACAACUGUCCAAAGAAAAUACUUCAAUGAAACAAAGGGUUUGGAAUACAUAGAACAAUUGUGUGCAUCUGAAUUUAGCACCGUUUUCAUGGAGGUUCAGUCAAAGUAUUACUGUCUUGCAGCUGCUUCAGCUUUGCUAAAAUAUGUUGAAUUUAUUCAAAAUUCCGUUUAUGCUCCUAAAUCACUCAAGGUGCGUUUCCAGGGGAGUGAGAAAACAGCUAUGAUAGAUUCAUCUUCAGCACAAAAUCUUGAACUAAUAAUCAAUAACAGAGAUUCUCGGAAUGGUCACACACUUUUUGGCAUCCUAAAUUACACUAAAACUCCUGGUGGAAGUCGGAGACUUAGAUCCAAUAUCCUGGAACCUCUAGUUGAUGCUGAAACAAUUAACAUGAGACUGGACUGUGUUCAGGAAUUACUCCAGGAUGAGGAGCUCUUUUUUGGUCUUCAAGCAGUUGUCUCAAAAUUCCUGGAUACAGAACAGCUACUUUCAGUUUUGGUACAAAUUCCAAAGCAGGAUACAGUUAAAACUGCUGAAUCAAAAAUAACCAAUUUAAUCUACCUGAAGCAUACUUUAGAACUUGUGGAGCCUCUGAAAGAUGCUUUAAGAAGCUGUAACACACAGCUGCUAAAGGCUUAUUACAAUUCUCUUGAAGAUGCAAGAUUUGGAAUUAUACUUGAAAAGAUUACAACUGUAAUUAAUGAUGAUACAAGAUACACAAAAGGAUGUCUGAGUAUGAGGACCCAGAAGUGCUAUGCUGUUAAGCCUAACAUCAAUGAAUUUCUUGACAUAGCUCGUAAGACAUACACAGAAGUUGUUGAUGACAUAGCAGGUAUGAUAACACAACUUGCAGAAAAGUACAACCUACCAAUGAAAACAAGUUUCAGCUCUGCUCGUGGAUUUUUUAUCCAGAUGAAUGCUGAUUGUUCAACAUUACCCAAUGGCCAGCUUCCCCCAGAAUUUACAAAGAUCACUAAAAUGAAAAACACAUAUAGCUUCACUUCAGCGGAUUUAAUAAAAAUGAACGAAAGAUGUCAGGAGUCCCUUAGAGAAAUAUAUCACAUGACCUACUUAAUAGUGUGUAAACUACUGAAUGAGAUCUAUGAACACAUUCAUUGCCUGUACAAGCUGUCUGACAUUGUGUCUAUGCUGGAUAUGCUGCUUUCGUUUGCCCACGCCUGCACUCUUUCUGAUUAUGUUCGUCCAGAAUUUACGGAUACUUUGGCAAUCAAGCAGGGAUGGCAUCCCAUUCUUGAAAAGAUAGCUAUGGAAAAACCUGUGGCUAACAACACAUAUCUGACAGAGGGCAACAAUUUUGUCAUUAUUACAGGACCAAAUAUGAGUGGAAAAUCAACAUACCUAAAACAGAUUGCACUCUGUCAAAUUAUGGCACAGAUUGGUUCUUAUGUCCCAGCAGAGUAUUGUUCUUUUCGAAUUGCAGAGCAGAUUUUUACCAGAAUAGGUAUGGAUGAUGAUAUAGAAACAAAUGCAUCAACGUUCAUGAAGGAAAUGAAAGAGAUAACGUACAUCAUACAAAAUGCUAAUGAUAAAUCACUGAUCAUAAUUGAUGAACUUGGCAGAGGUACCAGUGCUGAAGAAGGUAUUGGCAUUUGUUAUGCUACCUGUGAAUAUCUGUUGAAUUUAAAGGCAUUUACACUGUUUGCUACGCAUUUCCUGGAACUGUGUCAUAUGGAUGGUUUAUAUCCCAAUGUGGAAAAUUACCAUUUUGAAGUGCAACAUGUGAGAAGCAGUGCUGGGAAUAAGGAGAAAAUUGCUUACACUUACACACUUUCUAAAGGAUACACAGAGGAAAAGAACUAUGGAUUAAAAGCUGCAGAAGUUUCCUCCCUACCAUCAUCCAUAAUUUUGGAUGCAAAGGAAAUCACGAAUCAUAUCGCAAAACAAAUUUUGCACAGGCAGAAGAGCACUCCUGAGAUGAUGAAACAGAGAGCUGUGUACCAUUUAGCAAUGAGAUUGGUUCAGACUGCCAGAAACUCUCGAUUGGACCCUGACAGUUUGCGUAUAUAUUUAAAAGGCCUGAAGAAAAAGUAUGAAGCCAGUUGUCCUGCGCCUGGAGAAACUGAUGAGGAACAGUAAUGUGUAACAAAGGCUGUUGCUCUAAUUUUUACAAUUGCAAGAUGAUUCUGGUUUUUCCCCCAUAGUAUUAGAAAACACUUCUUUUCACAUGGUUUUAAAUUUUAAUGCUUAGUCUAAAUUAAACUCACUAGUGGAAGACCAUAUCCUUUAUGUGUUUUUUUCCCCCAGUCAUACUUGGAAUAAAAGUGUUUACUUCUAUGAGGAACACAGUUCUUUUUGACAGUAAAUUAUAGAUUUUUAGUUAUUUUAGAGACUAAAAAAGUUAUAUAAUAUGUAGUGUUCUAUAGGUGAUACAUCUGUUAUUACAGUUUUUUCAUCUGAUACAAAAGAUCUCGCUUAAGAAAAAGCACUUUGAAACAGAUGGUCCACUUGUGUUGCACAGGCAAGUUCUACUUGCACUGUCAAACAUGCAUCCAGAAAUCCUGUUGUUCCCAAGUCAAGGAGGGUUCUAACGCUGAGUCAUUGUGUGUAAUCUAAUGUAAUAUAGGCAGUGUAGGUCUGCUACCCCUCCAGAAAUGGGCAACCAGAGCAUUUUUGUAACACAGUAACAGUAAAUUACUGUGUAACAGGAAA